AUUGUGUGCUUUUACAUGUUUGAAAUGCUAUUGCAAUCCCAAUCCCAAUUGUAUGCUGAAAAAUAAAAUAAAAAUUACCUACAAUUGAAGACAUAAUUAAUGCAAUACAAUGAUAGUGACAGUACCAUGUGGGAUUGCUAUAAACCACUUAGAAAACAUGAGUGAUACUUCUAAUAAUGUUGAAAAUGAGUGUAUAUAUGUUUUCUUAAUGCUGGAUAUUUAAAAGCUGACACUUAAUUAUCUUGUCAUUUUCGAAUGUUUUUAUGUUUGGUGUCAUUCAUUGAGGCUUUAACUUAAGUUAUCCUAUGAAUUUUACUUCAGCACAAAGCUUUUUACAUUGAAGAACUUGAAGAGCAGAUGAAGAAACUUCACGAAGAUCGUGCAUCAACCAUUUUCGAAAGAAGAACCGUUAACAAUGAUGAUGAAAUUAUGGAGGUAGAAGCAGCUGUAAAAGCUGCAAUGUCAGUAUUUAACAAGAAAGGUAAUAUAGAAGCUGCCAAAUUUGCUGCUCAGGAAGCAUAUACUGCUUUAAGAAAACAAAAAGAUCUGCCAGUUAAAUUAGAUGAAUUUGGUAGAGAUUUGAAUCUUGAGAAACGGAUGCAAAUGAAAAUAAGGGCUGAGGCUAGUCAACGGAAGAGGUCACAAGUAUUUGAUUCUAAUAAGCUGACACCCAUGGAAUUGGAUAGUCAUAAAAUAGAGGGUGAGUCAAGUACUGACGAGAGUGAUAGUGAGAGCCAAGCAUAUGAGUCACAACGUGAUUUGGUGCUGCAGGCUGCUGAUGAGAUUUUUGGUGAUGCUUCUGAGGAAUAUGGUCAAUUAUCUUUGGUCAAAGAAAGAAUGGAAGAAUGGAAAAGAGAGUAUUCAUCAAGCUAUAAAGAUGCUUAUAUGUCAUUGAGUCUUCCACUGGUCUUCUCUCCAUAUGUGAGAUUAGAACUUCUGAGGUGGGACCCACUUCACAAGGGCAUAGAUUUUUCAGAGAUGAAAUGGUAUAAAUUAUUGUUGAAUUAUGGUUUGCCUGAAGAUAGAAAAAAUUUUGUUCAUGAUGAUGGAGAUGCUGACCUUGAACUAGUUCCAAACUUGGUGGAAAAGGUUGCGCUUCCUCUUCUGCACUAUGAAAUUUCCCAUUGUUGGGACAUGCUUAGUCAUCAGGAAACAAAGAAUGCGAUUGCUGCAACAAAAUUGAUUGUGGAUCAUGUGUCUCAUGAAAGUGAAGCUCUUACUGGUUUACUAGUUUCCAUACGAACACGCCUGGCUGAUGCUGUUGCUAAUCUUACGGUCCCCACAUGGAGCCCUCUGGUAUUAGUUGCUGUUCCAGAUGCUGCACGAGUUGCCGCAUAUAGGUUUGGUGUGUCUGUUCGAUUGUUGAGAAACAUUUGCUUGUGGAAUGAUGUAUUUUCAAUGUCAGUGUUAGAAAAGCUUGCUCUAGAUGAGCUUUUGUUUGGUAAAGUUCUUCCUCACUUAAGAAUCAUAUCAGAAAAUGUUCAAGAUGCGAUAACAAGAACAGAACGGGUUAUUGCUUCCCUCUCUGGGGUCUGGACUGGCCAAAGUGUCAUCGGAGACAGAAAACACAAAUUGCAGCCCCUGCUGACUUAUGUGCUGUCACUUGGAAGGAUUCUGGAGAGAAGAAAUGUACCAGAGAGUGACACAAGUUAUCUUGCUCGCCGAUUAAAGAAAAUACUUGUUGACCUCAAUGAAUAUGAUCAUGCUAGGACCAUGGCUAGAACCUUCCAUCUCAAGGAGGCAUUAUGAGCUCAUUGGGAAACAGGAAUUCAUGUUCAUUAUACUUGUUCUCAAUUUGUCGUUGAAUCAGGCCCUAAGUUAACCCUUCUCAGGUGCAAUUAUGGAACGAAUGCGACAUAU